AGUCACGUCGAGAAUCUAGUAGAAGUUGAGCGUAUAUUACGUUUAGUAUCUAGAAUGUAAACAAAUAAAUAUUUAUUUUUGAGUGAAAUAUCUCAAUAACUGUUUACAAAAUGACGAGAAUAACAAUGUCGGAUUACGUGCAUGUGUUGUGUUUGUUUGUGUUAUUGAUUGUGAACGUUCAAAAUGUAUAUUCCAAUACUUUUAUUAGUGAACAUGAACAUGUUCAUUGUACUCAUGAACAUCCAACUGAAGACCAAGUAGUUCGAGGCGUUCAUAUAGAACCUGCGCACAUAGUAAAGAAACGUAGCAUAGACCAGCCUUUAAGAAUAAGUAUAUUUUACGAUGACUCUGUAUAUAGGUUAGAACUAGAAAAAUUCGUCUUAAUAAAUAACACAAUAUUACCAGAAGCUGUGAAGUUCUGGGAAGAAGCUUUAAAAGUUAGGAAGACUGGAGGACCAAUAAGACUAAAUAGAAAAUGUCCAACACGACAAGUGUUCGUUCGUGGUGGAAGAUCACACUGCAUAGAUGCCUGUAACGCUGAGACAAUGUGCGGCGAAGUGAGAGUACCGGAACAUCAUUUAAAUCCGUGUUAUGUCUGCAACAGUACGGGACACAAUUGCAGGGCGUUGCCAAGAAUCCGUCCGAGUAUAUCUGAAGAAGAAGAGGGCAAGGAAGUCACAGACAAUACGCUUGGGGAUACCACGGAAUCUGACGCAACAGACGACCUGGAAGAGAUCAGCGGCGUGGAAGACACAGAUUUCGUUCUGUACGUUAGUGCGGUGGAGACGGAGAGAUGUAAGAGAGGUCUGACUGUUGCAUACGCGUCACAUUGCCAACAGGAGUCAGCUUUAGACAGACCCGUAGCUGGCCACGCCAACUUCUGUCCUGGCGAACUGUCAACUAAGUACAGAGACCUGCCCUCCGUUAUGUCGACUGUGAAACAUGAAAUGCUUCACGCUCUUGGGUUCAGUGUGUCGCUGUUCGCGUUCUAUAGGGACGACAAUGGUGACCCGCUCACUAAACGACGACCUGAUACUGGAAAUCCUCCAUUGGAUGAAGAGCUGCAGAUCCAUAAAUGGUCGGACCGCGUCGUCAGGAAUGUCACCAGGAAGAACUGGAUGAUCAGAGGCGGGUACAUGGAGAGGACUUUUCAUAUGAUGGUCACACCACGUGUUGUCAAAGAGGUCAGAGAGCAUUUCAACUGUUCAGAGCUGGAAGGGGCUGAACUCGAAGAUCAGGGGGGAGACGGGACACAUCUCACGCACUGGGAGAAGCGAGUGUUUGAGAACGAGGCGAUGACCGGUACCCACACUCAGAACUCCGUAUUCAGUCGCGUAACGUUCGCCCUCUUAGAGGAUACUGGCUGGUACCGCGCCGAGUACUCACGGGCCGAUCCCCUCCACUGGGGGCGGGGGAGGGGAUGCUCCUUCGCCAUGCAAUCCUGUAAACACUGGAUGCACGACCAUACCUACAGACGCAAGAAUCCCGCGCCGUUCUGCCAGAGGAUCAAGGGUAGUCCACUCCGCACAGAGUGUUCCCCUCACCGGUCCGCUGUGGUACUGUGCAACCUCGUCAGGCAUGACACCAUACUGCCCAGACAAUACCAGCAUUUCGACCUUCUACCAAACGUCCCUCCUGGUGACGAGGCAUUCUACGGCGGAUCAGUAUCUUUGGCGGACUACUGUCCGUAUCUGCAAGAGUUCACGUGGAAGCACAAGAGUGUGCUGGUGAGAGGAAGCAGGUGUUCCUACGAGGAGAACACGCCGAAGGCUGAUGUCAAUUUCGCCUUGGAGAACUACGGACAGCACUCGAAAUGCUUCGACCAUAGUGACCGAGUGUGGGAGCAGAAAUCAUGUAGACAGAUAAGAGAAUGGCAACACUGGGGCUCCGGUUGCUACAAAUAUAAAUGUGAGAACGGAAGACUGCAUAUAAUGGUGGGCGGGUACACGUACACGUGCUACCACGCGGGGCAGGUGCUGCAGGUGCGCGCCGUGCGCGGGGGCUGGCUGCACCGCGGGGGGGUGCUGUGCCCGCCCUGCAACGACCUCUGCAGGGAACACUUCCAGAUUCGUAAUGAAUUUUGUAAAAGAGGAGAAGAAGCACCCCCACCUAAUUUAUAUCCCAACGAUGUCCUAAAGUGUUCCGCUGUGACAAUUACACCGACCGCCAUUUUGUCGACGGCAGCCAUCUUGUGGAGUAUAACGUCAUAAUAACUUUAGCGCCGAAUUAUUUGAAUUAAACCAACGAAGACUUAAAAUAUCAAAUUUGAUAGGUUGUUUUUUAAUGUUUACUAGCAGUUUUUUUAAAGAAUAUUUAUUGCCCUGAAUUUAUUAUGUUCGCUUAAUUUAGGAGUGUAAAGAAUAUGUCUUAUCAACGAAGGAAUAAAGUUGAAUUUUGCGUAAUUUCGCUACAAAUUGGUGUAGCUAAGAUUUUUUUAUAGAUGACGCGGUAAUGAAAUACAUUCCUUGAAAACUACACAGAAAAAUGGACUUAUGAAUUGUGGGUGGGACUUAUGAGUUGAGGACAGUUUGAAAUGUGUUUUGAAAUCAAGUUUUUUUCUGUAUGAAUUGUGGAAUAAUCAAUAAGUUUAAAAGGAAUGUCCAUAUUAUGUAGACAUACCUACUAUACUAUUAAUAGGGGCUCGGAUAACAUAAAGAAGCUGAUUUAAAUUAAUCAGGAUGCUU